GACACUUUAUGCAGUGGCGUUUUUUUAUGAUGGUAUUUACUGCAGGUGCAGUCUUGGGAGCAUUAUUAAUAAAUAUUCUGGUAUUAAAACCAAGAGAUGCUAUGCCCUAUGUUAUCUUGACUGGUCUUGGUAUACAAAAUUUUUAUGUUUUGACAGAGACUGGACAAUAUUUAGAGAACGAGUCAGAAACCAUAUACAUGAACGCCACACGGUUCAAAUGGUUUCAAUGGGACAGAAGUAAUCGCACUUUAUUGUUAAACUUUCUGCUACAGACAAAGAGACCCCUUUCAUUUAAUUGUUACAGAAUUAUUUACCAAAAUCGUGCACUACUACUUCUGGUAUUUCGUAUGCUACAUUUAUAUACGGCGUUCUACAACGGCUUACAACCUACGUAAUAUUUAAACAUUCUGCUGUUUGUAAAAAUAAAAAUCACUCUACUUUUUAACGCAGAAGUUAGCUAUGCCAAAUUGAUAACAAAGGAACAAAUUAAAAUUUUUGGCAAUCAA